GAAUCCGAGACUGUUGCUAUUUCAAGCCCUCAAAGUCACCAUGUCUUCCCCGAGAUCCCAAUCGAAAUCAUCAGUGAAGAAGAAAUGGCUAUUCUCGAUGCAGCGUUUGCAGCCACGCGCUCAAUCUUCCCUUCUGCGAUCCGUUCGGCUUCUCCAUCACGAAUUCUCGCCGGCGAAAACCCCAAGAUGAUCCGUUCAAUUACUCUUUUCUCCAAGAGGAAAUUAUCGGCUUGUUCAGAUAUCGAAGAGUCUUAUUUGUAUCGAUUUAGGAGAAAUCAAGCUUUAGGUGUCACAGAUCUCACCGGCACAGAAUGGUGUGAGAAACAAAUGGAGAAUGUUCUUUGUUUUGGCAGGAGAAAAGUCAAUAAAGCAAUGAAAGUUGGUCAGGCUCGUCAUUUGCAGCUUGAAGAAGAGGUAGUUAAAAAGGUGAGAGUAAGAGUUGAAUCAAAUGAAGAUAAGUGGGCAUUGAAGCUCUUAAAUUCCAUCGCUGGUGUUAAUCAAUUCUUGUUUGAAGGACGAACUCGUGAAUUGCUACUCUUAGGAUUUGUUGGAGGUCAAUGGAUUGUGGGAAUUAUUGACGAGCUUAGAAAGGCGUACGCAGAAGAGUCUUCUGAUGGCGGACCAAUAUUGAUAGAUACAAAGACUCGACUCCGUGAUACACUCCCAGCUGAGCCACAGAGGAGGAAUGGAAGGCUUCAGCUGAUGCUUUACAAGCUUCUAUGGGACACUAUUGUGAAAGAAGGGUUUCCGACGGGAGCCUUUUUUGACUACUUCUCUUUGAAUCGACAUUAUAUCUUAUCCCAAGAUGUCAGAGAUAACAUUGCUAAUGCAGGUAUCCAAGCUCAGACACUUGAAGAGAUAGUUAGGUACUAUGAAAACACUUUUAAGAUGCUUCCGAUAGCAAAUGAUCAACUAUUACUAAAGUACGAGUUUCAGAAGGACCAAUCUAUAAUAGCUGAGAUAAGAUUCAACCAUGAUCAUGAAUGGGUGAUGAGCAAAUAUAGAGAAGUCAUUGAGUUCUGGAGAAAUGAACGAGAAGCUGAGUACACUCCUGAAGAAGAACGUUGGAAAUGUCGGUAUUGCCAAUUUGCCAAGUCUUGCCCUGGAAAUCCAAGUUUUGAAUCUCCUAGCCCGAGCUCACCACCAAGAGAGGCUCCCGCUCCUCCUAUACCAAGCUAAAAAGAAGACGAAAAGUUGAUUCUUUCCGAAAGCUGCUAAAUGCUAACAUAUGUUUGUGUUGUCUUUAAUUACCACAUUUGCUUCCCUCUUCAUUUUAAAUUGCAUAGCAGUUAAGUGAUUAAACCGUAGUUUGGUUAGGCGUACCGAGAUUGAUUUGAUUAUUGCGUAUCCCGUUUCCAAUACAGCUUUGUAUGUAUC